AUGACUGAAGAACACCCACAGUCUUUUUCCUUCCCGAAAGAGGAGGAAAAAGUGUUGGAAUACUGGAAUGAGAUCAACGCCUUUCAUAAGUCGUUGGAGUUGACGAAAGGAAACCCUCAGUUUGCCUUUUAUGAUGGUCCUCCAUUUGCAACAGGAACUCCCCAUUAUGGUCACAUUCUGGCUUCCACCACCAAGGACAUUGUUCCUAGAUAUGCCACCAUGAAUGGUUACUAUGUUGAAAGACGGUUUGGAUGGGAUACCCAUGGAUUGCCUGUUGAACACGAGAUCGACAAGAAGUUGGGUAUCAAGUCCAAACAAGACGUUUUGGAUAUGGGCAUUGCCAAGUACAACGAGGAGUGUAGAUCCAUUGUGAUGACUUACGCCGACGAAUGGAGAAAGACUAUUGGUAGACUGGGGAGAUGGAUCGAUUUCGACAAUGAUUACAAGACCCUUUAUCCUGAGUUUAUGGAGUCUGAAUGGUGGGCAUUCAAGAAGCUGUUCGAAAAGGGAGCUGUUUACCAAGGUUACAGAGUGAUGCCUUAUUCCACCGGUGUGACGACCUCUUUGUCCAAUUUCGAGGCCCAGCUGAACUAUAAAGACGUGAAUGACCCAGCUGUCACCAUUGGUUUCCCAUUGAAAGACGACCCCAAGACAAUUCUUCUUGCCUGGACAACCACCCCAUGGACCUUGCCUUCGAACAUUGCUCUUUGUGUGAAUCCAGAGUUCGAGUAUUCCAAGAUCUACGACGAGGAGAAACAGGUCACUUACAUCAUGUUGGAGUCUCUGAUCAAGAACCUGUAUCCAAAGCCAAAGAAUGCCAAAUACAAGAUCGUUGGAAAGAUUCUCGGUAAGGAAAUGGACGGCUGGAAAUACGAGCCUGUUUUCGACUACUUUUACGAGGAUUUCAAGAAGACCGGUUUCAGGGUGUACUGCAACACUUUCGUCACCAACGACUCCGGUACGGGUAUUGUUCACCAGGCUCCAGCUUUUGGUGAAAUCGAUUUUGAAGCUGCCACUGAGGCAGGCAUUAUCAACGAAACCUUGAUUCCUCCUAACCCAGUGGACGACGACGGAAAAUUUACCAGCGAGGUGACCGAUUUCGCUGGUUUGUACGUCAAGGAUGCAGACAAGGAGAUUAUCAAGAAACUGACAGCUAACGGCAGACUGUUGUUGGCUUCUCAAAUCCGACACAGUUAUCCAUUCUGUUGGAGAUCCGACACCCCUUUGAUCUACAGAACCGUUCCUUCGUGGUUCAUCAGAGUCAAGGAGAUCGUGCCGCAGAUGCUCGAGGCCGUCGACAAGACCAGAUGGGUUCCUUCCAACAUCAAGGACAAGCGUUUCUCCAACUGGAUUGCCAACGCCAGAGACUGGAACGUCUCCAGAAAGAGAUACUGGGGUACUCCAUUGCCAUUGUGGGUUUCUGACGACAAAGAGGAAGUUGUCUGUGUUGGAUCUAUCGAGGAGCUCAGAGAGCUCACUGGAGACAACACCAUUACAGAUAUUCACAGAGAAAAAAUUGACCACUUGACCAUUCCAUCUAAGAAGGGUAAGGGUCAAUUGAAGAGAAUCGAGGACGUUUUCGACUGUUGGUUCGAGUCUGGUUCCAUGCCUUUUGCUUCCAAGCACUAUCCAUUUGCUGACGACAAGGAGAGAUUCACCGGUGCUUUCCCAGCCAACUUCAUAUCUGAAGGUUUGGAUCAAACCAGAGGUUGGUUCUACACUUUGACUGUGUUGGGAACUCACUUGUUUGGUUGUGCUCCAUACAAGAACGUUAUUGUGUCUGGUAUUGUUCUUGCUGCUGACGGUAAGAAGAUGUCCAAGAGAUUGAAAAACUACCCAGACCCAAUGAAUGUCUUGAAUUCGUACGGUGCUGACGCUUUGAGAUUGUACCUGAUAAACUCUCCAGUCUUGAGAGCCGAGACCUUGAAGUUCAAAGAAGAAGGUGUCAAGGAGGUUGUUUCGAAGGUUCUGUUGCCAUGGUGGAACUCCUACAAGUUCUUGGAAGGCCAAGUUGCUUUGCUCAAGAAACUUGAAGGUAUUGACUUCAAGUACGACCCAGAGUCCAGAUCUACAAACGUUAUGGACCGCUGGCUGUUGGCCUCUAUCCAGUCGUUGAUCAAGUUCAUCCGUACUGAGAUGGAAGAGUACCGUUUGUACACCGUUGUUCCAAAGUUGUUGAACUUGAUUGACGAGUUGACCAACUGGUACAUUCGUUUCAACAGAAAGAGAUUGAAGGGCGAGAACGGUGUUGACGAUUGUUUGAAGGCCAUGAACACAUUGACCGAUGCUCUUUUCACUCUUGUGAGAGCCAUGGCUCCAUUUACUCCAUUCUUGGCCGAGAACAUUUACGGCAAAAUGAAGUCUCUCUUUAAGCUAGAGACUUUGCAAAAAUACGGUAAGAGCACCGACUCUGUCCACUUCUUGUCGUAUCCUGUUGUGAACGAGUCUUUGAUUGAUGAGAAGAUCGAGCUUGCUGUGUCUAGAAUGCAAAAGAUCAUUGAUUUGGGAAGAAACAUCAGAGAAAAGAAGACCAUCUCGUUGAAGACUCCAUUGAAGGAGCUGGUUGUUCUCCACUCCGACCCAUCGUACCUUGAGGACGUUAAGGCUCUGCAAAACUACAUUGUUGAGGAGCUGAACGUGAGAGACCUGGUCAUCACUUCCGACGAGGCCAAGUACGGUGUCGAGUACAGAGCCGUGGCCGACUGGCCUGUUCUUGGAAAGAAGUUGAAGAAGGACGCCAAGAAGGUCAAGGACGCUUUGCCAAGCCUUACUUCCGACGAUGUGAAGGAGUUCCUCAAGUCCGGAAAGGUCGAGGUUGCUGGUAUCGAUCUUGUGAAGGAGGACCUGUCUGUGUUUAGAAGCUUGCCUGAGGCCAAGAUCUCUGGCGGACAGGAAGUCAGAACCGAGGGAGACGUUUUGGUCAUCUUGGACAUCAACAUGUACCCAGAGUUGCAAUCUGAGGGAUUGGUGAGAGAGCUGAUCAACAGAAUCCAGAGAUUGAGAAAGAAGUGCAACCUGUUGCAAACCGACGAGGUGACGGUGCAACUGGACAUCCUGAAGGACCCAAUUGGACUGGCCGAGGCCAUCAAGACGCACGAGCACGUGCUGCUGAAGGCCACCAGAAGACCGUUGGAGAAAUGCACCGAGUCCCAGGUCUCCUUGUUGGGAGAGGAGGAGCACAACAUCAACGAUGCGCUGUUGAAGCUUCGUUUGUUGAAGCUCUGA